GUAUUCUGACCACAGUAUAGAAACAGGUUUUAUUUUUAUAUUUAUGUUAUGGUUUCUAUACUGUGUUCUGACAAAGUAUUCUUGAAUUAUUUUGACUAGCAGAAAUUGUGAAAAGUUUUUAAUUGGCGCUGAGUAGAAACGAUCCAAAAUGUUGUCUCCAAGUGGACAACCAAUUAUGACUAUUGAUGAGUACUUGAAAACACUCGAAGAAAAUGCAUAUGAAGAGGAGGGAGAUGAUUAUCCGUUUGUUUCGAUUUUUGACAUUUUGGAUGCCCCCAGGAUUCUACCAGAGCCCGUUGAUUUGACAUACGAACAUUUGAAACAAGUUGAAGGUGAAUUGGGUUUGAUUAAACUCUGCUGGCCUGAAGCUACAAAUCCAGAAUUUGAGGAUAGGUUGCAUUUCCCGGAAACUUAUACGAAAAAUUCAGAGAAAGAAAAAAUGCUUUUGUUUACUGCAGAAAAUUUUAGAAGGGAAUUCAGAUACAAAUUUCCUAACAGGAAGCAGUUGUUUCUGGCAUGCAAUAAUGAAUGUAAAAUACAGAAAAUGGUAUGCACUUCCAUUCGACCAACAACCUUGCCUUUCGUGGAACUGGAAGACUGGAAAAGCCUAGUGGGUUUUUUUGGUGAUCAUAUGGAAUACGAACCAUUGGAAAUUGCAACCUUGUUCCCGAACCGACUCUGCUCGCCUCAAACUACAGUUUUCCGACAAUCUGGAAAUUGUUUCGAACUGUCGACUGCCCUAUGUUCCCUCCUUCUCGGAAUUGGAUAUAACGCUUACGUAGUUUCUGGUUACGCCAUACAGGACGUCACGAUGAAUAUUAUGAUCAGGGUUGAUUCGCCAUUUCCAGAAGAAUCUGAUGUGGUCGAGGAGAAAAAAGAAGAAAAAGCGGCGCAAAAAUAUACCUUGAAAUCGGGAAGAGAUCUACGAAGUAAGUUCAUCAUGAUGAUGGAGCAACGUGUCAGAGACAAAGAAGAGGAAGAACAAAGAAGAAGAAGGGAGGAGGAACUGGAAUUGAGGAGGAUAGAAGAAGCGUUUCCUGAAGAUGACCUGGAAGGUCUCAGAAUUCAUUCGUGGGUACUGAUGUUGAAAGGUGGUAGAAAAAUAAAGGAACCAUGCUUCAUCGAGCCCACAACAGGAAUUAUACAUCCCCUGAAUACGUUUGCUUAUAACGGAAUCGAAAGUGUUUGGAAUCACCUGAAUUAUUGGGUGAAUAUGCAAGAGUGUACUCAAGAUCUGAGCACCCUGGAUUAUAACCUUCAAGAUGUGAAUAAGUGGGAGCAUGUUCUGCUUGGAGAACCAAUUGAGAGUCGAAAACACAGACCAGAUGUGGAAGCAGAUGAAGAAGAGGUUGAAAGAAUAAGAAUUUAUCAAGAGAAACAUUUAGAUAUGCCCAUAUCUUGGAGUUCACCAAUCACGAUACCUCAUGACGUUCUGGCCUCGAGAUAUCCAAAAGGUGUCAAGAAAACAUGGUACAAAAGAACCCUCGUUCAAAGUUACGCUCCAUAUCUUCAAGAAGAUGGACUUGUCAAUAAAAUAACUAGAUACAAGGAUUUCGAUUGCACCAUUCCAACAACUACCGAGGACACUUAUGAAAACAGACAGGAUAAAAAGUACAAGGAAGUUGCCAAUCUAGAAAGUGGACGGGUAGAAGAGUUCUUCAAACCUGGAAGAGAGGAUUGCGUUAUCAAGCAUACCUACUUCUGGUAUGAUAGUGGUGACGAGGAUCAGACCAGGGUAAUCGAAUUUGGCUCGAGAGCUAGAUAUGAUAGUCUGGCCUCAUUGACGAUCACUGACAAUGAGAUGACUGAAGUUUAUGUCAAUAAAGAGUCCAGACUCUAUUAUAGACACACCACCUACUCCAGAAAAGGCUUUCCACCCCCUGGCAUGGUCGAAAGUCAUAAACGGAUCAUGAUGAACGUCAUAGAAAAAUUUCAUCGCAACGAAAACGUGCCAGCAUCAAAAGAUAUAGCGGAAAGACAUUUUGCCAUAUACGACAGAGAGAUUCAUCUUCGUUUCCAUUACGACACCGGCAAGGUGACAGCGUCUACGAGGACCUUCAUAAAACCGCCGAUAGCCGAAAUGGGUGAAGGAAUGAAAUUCAAUCCGGAACUCACCUACGGCUUUCAUGCCGACAUUAAAAACGAUCCGCCUUCUAAUCUGGAGCUCUUCCUGUUGUUCCGGGAGCAGCUCGAAGAAGAGGCCAAGUCGGUGCAACACAUAAGAGACCUAAAUGAUCAGAUCAAUGAUUUCUUGAAACUACGUAACUUGGAAGUUGCCAUGGUGAAGUUAGAAGUUGAUUUAUUCAAUAGGGAACACAACGAACAAUACAGACAAGGAAUGCUUGAAAGGGAGCAUCAAGAAAGACAACAUAAGGCGAAAGAAACUGAAGAGCAUGUGGAUUACAUCCAACCCUAUUUGGAGAGAUUGGACGAUAAAGAAGUUAUAACACUCGAGAGUGCUGCUGCUCUAAAGGAAUGGUGCCUUAAUGAUUAUAAAAACAUUCUACUCCAACGGGCACAGGUUAUACAGAAACGAUUCGAAAAGGCUAGUGAAAAUUUGAAUAGGAAGAAUCAAUGGUAUAACCUGAUGAGGGAUAAACUGAAACCAGAAGAAGAGAUACAAUAUUUCGAAGAGCUGCAUCGAAUGAAUUUUGUUCUUCAGGCCUUCGUUGAACGUUUAGAAAGGCACAGGGAAUUAUCUUUCUACAAAUACACAGGAAUGGUGAAAUAUCUGAAUAAUCAUCCAAAAUUGAAUCACUCUUGGAAGAAGGAAAAUUAAUGAAAUUAUAAUGUAAAACAGAUAUUUAUUAAAACAUAAUCAACAAAA